AUGGGUUCUCGGCAUUUGGCAUUACCGGUGGCGCUCUUCACGGCAUUAGUGCAUGGAUAUGCAGACCCUGGCGCCUGCUCGGGGGCUUGCGUUGUUUCUGACCCGACGCUGAUCCAGCGGUCGUCCGAUAGCAAAUACUUCCGCUUUUCUACCGGAAACGAGAUCUCGUAUGCUAGUGCGUCUAGUAUUGCCGGACCUUGGACGACAAUUGGAUCUAUGCUACCUGAUGGGUCUAGCAUCGACUUGGAUGGAAAUACGGAUCUCUGGGCCCCGGACGCUCACAUUGUCGAUGAUCUGUACUAUGUCUACUACGCCGUCUCGACAUUUGGAUCGCAAGACUCCGCCAUCGGCCUCGCAACAUCGGCGACAAUGGAAUUGGACUCUUGGACUGACCACGGAUCAAUUGGAGUCGCUUCCUCCUCAUCCAAGGACUACAAUGCCAUUGACCCGAACCUGAUCGAUGUCGACGGAACCUAUUACCUGAGCUUUGGUUCUUUCUGGGACGACAUCUACCAGGUCAAGAUGAAUUCUGCAGCAACUAAGUCCUCCGGAUCAUCCUACAAUAUUGCCUACAACUCAUCUGGCACUCACGCAGAGGAGGGCUCAUACAUGUACAAGUACGGCAGCUACUACUACCUGUUCUACUCUGCUGGUAUUUGUUGUGGUUAUGAUACGUCGCUCCCUGCAGCUGGAUCAGAGUACAUGAUCAAAGUGUGUCGUUCGACUUCACCGACGAGUGGAUUUGUUGAUAAGUCUGGAUUAUCUUGCACUAGCGGUGGUGGUACCAUUGUUCUGAGGAGCCACGGUACUACUUACGGACCUGGUGGACAGGGUGUUUACGAUGAUCCCACGUAUGGGCCUGUGCUUUACUACCACUACAUCAACACUGAUAUCGGAUACGCCGACGAUGACAAGCAAUUCGGAUGGAAUGUCCUUGACUUUUCUACCGGGUGGCCUGUGGUUUAA